GAGUUGGAGAGUGUACCAUUUACCAGGAGGCUCAAUAUCCAAAUAAUACGGAAGCCACCCCAACGCGCGUGUGACUUUACAGCAGCAGGAUAAAACGUGCCGAUGACAUAACUGUGAGCUAGAGACGCGUAUCUUAGCAACCACUAACCUGUAACCAAAGUAACGAGCGUUAGCGUGUGCAGUGCCUCGGUUUCACACCGUUACCAGCCGAGUGUCUGCAGAGUGUGGGGUUCGGAUGCUGUGGUGAAGAAGAGUGGUGCCUUGGCGUGUGACAACAACGACGGUUUGAUCGCACUGUGCAAAAUGGAGAGCAACGAGUCGAUGGUUACUGAUGUCCUUACGGAAGAAAAUCUUACCGUCACGGAACGCGAUUGCACCAACGAGCUGCCAACCGUACAGGAAUAUCUCGAUGGCAUAACUCUCCCACUGGCGAUAAUUAUCGCUACCACUGUACUGCUAAGUAUUGCGACCUUUAGUGUGUUCUUCAAGAAUGCCUACCACAUCCUGCAUCGAACGCCCAAACAGUUCAAAACUAAAUCGAUCCUGUUGCUGACAAUUUAUCCGCUCGUAACGCUGUUCGGUGUGGUGUCCAUCUCCGUGCCGCGUGCCUUCUUCCUGUGCGACACGGUCAUGCACGUUUACUUCAUGAUCUGUGCGUACGUUUUCUUCAGCUUGUGCAUGCAGUAUGUCGACGGGGAAGAUGCGCUCAUUAAAUCGACCGACUCGCAAACCUUUUCCCUUCGCACACCGCCGCUGUGCUGUUUUGUGCCGCUGUUCAAACGAGCCCCCGUAACAAAGAAUCGAUUACGCUUUGUGCGUAUGCUUAUCAUGCAGCUGCCGGUCGUUCAAACCGCUCUCUUUCUGGCUUUAAAUGUCGUAUUUGUGGAGGAUUAUCCCAACUUCAACCGCAUCAUCCUGUACUUUGUGCCAUUGAUCGUCAUCUCUAUACUGCUCGGUGUGUGGGGAUUGAACAUUCUCGUGCGAAUGCUUGCCCCACUCUAUUCGGACCUUAAGUUGAUGGGCAAAUAUUUUGUGUUGCAAGCAGUGCUCAUACUUUGCCGGAUACAGCCGCUCGUCAUAGCGGGUAUCGUGAGCAGCAGCAUUUCCGAAUGUGUCUUUCCCAUCACGCUGCAGGUGCAGAAAAAUGCAAUAUUUCAACUGUGUUUGAGCUUUGAAAUGAUGGUACUAUCCUGUUGGGCGUCUCUGCUUUACAAAUCACCCUCCAUUAUCGGUCCCGGAUAAGCACACGAAGGGCAACGGGCAACAUUUGAAUCUGGUUCCUUGCGACAAACAAGAAUAGCAUACACGGCUACCUAUCGGCUGAUGUAAAAUUAUCUGUGUUUUAAUGUUUAUGUGUGAUACCAAACCCAUCCCCAUCGUACCCGGCAAGCGGAAUCAGAACCGGGGAAGGAUGCUAGUUGGCAGAAACACACUUAGCCAUUCUUGCCCCUACAUCUUUCCCAGUGGUUCGCUUAGUGUUCGGCGGGCUAUGAAACGAUGUGUAUUAUUUCGGUGGAAAUCUUACAGAAAGAGCUAAAUAGAGUGAGUAGUAUUUCAAACCAACCA